GGAAUUUGAUAGCGUUAAACUUAAAACUGUGUCCCUACACAUUUUAGGUUUUUGUGGAGUUGGGCAAAUUGACACCCACAAUGGAAGACUAAAGCGCGAUUUCGUAACAUAGUCUGGGUGCGAUUCAGUUCUUACAAAGUAAGGUUUAGUGAGAGGCUAAAACAGGAAUGCUAUUUUUUAAUUCAAAUCACAGGCAAGGAUCCUCGUUCUUCUUCAAGGGGGAAACUGAAUCAAGGUUGUUUUGUACAAGAGAUUAAGAUGAUACCUGGCAUUUUCUCAAGGCCGAAUGCUACCAUUUAUUGUCGCGUUAGGGAAGCAUUGACUCGGCGACAAGGGGUACCGGCAUCCUUGUAUAGAAGUUCAGGCUUGUCUCUUUGUUCACUGUAUUCAACUUUCUUUUUGUCCGGUUCAACUCAUUGCUCCUCAAGCCGCACACUUAUCACAAAAUCAAUGACUACUGCCUUCCAUUGCAAUGCUCUGCUGGGAGGUGUUUAUGUUAACGGUUUAAUCUCAGGUUGUGAUAGUGUGCUAGACUUCACAAAGCCUGCUCUUGUGUACUUAAAAGACAAAACUUUUAAAGGCUGCCUAAGGGGUAGCGGAAAUCUAAGGAGACCACAAACUUCGUUUGGUUCUUUGAGUUUUGGUAGUUCUACUUUUGAUGGUAAUUGGAGGAUCCGGGAUUCCAGUUUGCUUCAUGGAUCAUGGCUCAAGAGUUUCUCUACCUCUUCUUCUGCCUGCCCAUCAGCUGGGGCUGCUCGUGCUGUCUCUUUUGAUGGCAGCCCUCCCGAUGAACAGCUUGCAAAUUCCUCUUUUUCACCUGACAAAGUAUUGGGGAUUAUUAAUUUCAGAACUACUGUUGGUGGCAAGACCUUGAAGAUGUUGUCAGGAUCAUGUUAUCUACCGCAUCCAGAUAAGGAAGAGACAGGAGGAGAGGAUGCUCAUUUUAUUUGCGCAGAUGAACAUGCAAUUGGUGUUGCUGAUGGUGUAGGUGGCUGGGCUGACGUUGGUGUUAAUUCAGGACUGUUUUCCCGGGAACUUAUAUCCAAUUCAGUGAGAGCAAUUCAAGAGGAGCCUCAAGGUUCUUUUAAUCCAACAAGGGUGUUAGAGAAGGCUCAUUCAAAUACAAAGGCUAAGGGUUCAUCAACAGCUUGUAUUGUUGCCCUUACUGAUAAGGGACUACAUGCUAUUAAUUUGGGCGACAGUGGAUUUAUUGUGGUUAGAGAUGGAUGCACUAUUUUCCAGUCCCCUGUUCAACAACAUGACUUCAAUUUCACAUAUCAGUUGGAGAGUGGCAAUGGAGGUGAUCUACCCAGCUCUGCGGAGGUUUUUACGAUACCCGUUGCUUCUGGAGAUGUAGUCAUUGCUGGAACAGAUGGCUUAUUUGACAAUCUGUACAAUAGUGAGAUCACUGCAGUUGUUGUACAUGCAAUUAGGGCUGGACUAGAGCCCCAAGUAACUGCUCAGAAGAUAGCAGCACUGGCUCGUCAGCGAGCGCUGGACCCGAGCAGGCCGACACCAUUUUCUACUGCUGCUCAGGAGGCUGGCUUCCGUUAUUAUGGUGGCAAACUUGAUGACAUAACUGUUGUUGUCUCAUACAUAUCUGGCUCACUCAGCGAGUGAGUUUUUGGCCAUGUUCACGUAGUCUCAUUUUUGUUCUACGUGGCCAUUCACUUUUCAAACUGAAUGAACUCCUAUAUUGUAUUCUCAAACCUGAGAUGCUCUGCUACCCUGGUAAAUCUUGUUACUACAAAAGGGUCAUUGCGGCUUUACUUCCUUUCUUUGUAUACAGUAAGAAUUUGGAAAAGACAACUUAAUUGCUUUCCUUUUUUUUCCUCCAUGAAAUAGUCAAUUAAAUAUUAUGGACUGAACAAGAAAA